AUGUCUGCCAGCCAAAAGAUUGCCAUUCUCUCCGUCUACGACAAGACGGGGCUGCUGGACCUGGCCAAGGGCCUGGCCGAGCAGAAUGUCCGCCUUGUUGCGUCUGGCGGCACCAGCCGCAUGAUUCGCGAUGCCGGCAUGCCUGUCGAAGACGUCAGCGCCAUCACCGGCGCCCCCGAGAUGCUGGGCGGCCGCGUCAAGACCCUGCAUCCCGCCGUGCACGGCGGCAUCCUCGCCCGCAACCUCGACGCCGACGACCAGGACCUCGCCGCGCAGGGCAUCGCCAAGGUCGACUACGUCGUCUGCAACCUGUACCCGUUCAAGCAAACCGUGGCCAAGGCCGGCGGCGUCGGCGUCCCCGAGGCCGUCGAGGAGAUCGACAUUGGCGGCGUGACGCUCAUCCGCGCCGCCGCCAAGAACCACGCGCGCGUGACCAUCCUCAGCGACCCGCGCGACUACCCCGGCUUCCUGCAGGAGCUCGCCCAGGGCGGCGGCGGCGGCGGCGGCGGCGGCAUCUCGGACGCGAGCCGGAACCGGUACGCCCUCAAGGCGUUUGAGCACACGGCCGACUACGACGCCGCCAUCGCCGGCUUCUUCCGCGCCGAGUACGCCGGCCGCGGCGAGCAGCACCUGGCCCUGCGCUACGGCGCCAACCCGCACCAGAAGCCGGCCGCCGCCUACGCCGUCUCCCAGCGGCUCCCGUUCAAGGUGCUCUGCGGCUCGCCCGGCUACAUCAACCUCCUCGACGCCCUCAACGCCUGGCCCCUGGUCAGGGAGCUGAAGCAGGCCCUGGGCAGGCCCGCCGCCGCCAGCUUCAAGCACGUCUCGCCCGCCGGCGCCGCCAUCGGCCUGCCCCUCAGCCCCGAAGAGCGCAGGGCCUACUUCGUCAACGACGUCGAGGGCAUCGAGACGUCGCCGCUCGCCCAGGCCUACGCGCGCGCCCGCGGCGCCGACCGCAUGAGCAGCUUCGGCGACGUCAUCGCCCUCAGCGACGUGGUCGACGUCCCCACCGCCGCCAUCAUCGCCAAGGAGGUCUCCGACGGCGUCAUCGCGCCCGGCUACGACGACGCCGCCCUCGACAUCCUGCGCAAGAAGAAGGGCGGCCGCUACCUCGUCCUGCAGAUGGACCCCGACUACACCCCCGCCCCGGCCGAGACCCGCACCGUCUACGGCGUCACGCUGCAGCAGCGCCGCAACGACGUCGAAAUCUCCCCCAAGUCCUUUGCCGCCGCCGCCGCCGCCGCCGCCGCCCCCCUUCCCGACAGCGCCGCCCGCGACCUGACCGUCGCCACCAUCACCCUCAAGUACACCCAGAGCAACUCGGUCUGCUACGCCGUCAACGGCCAGGUCAUCGGCCUGGGCGCCGGCCAGCAGUCGCGCAUCCACUGCACCCGCCUGGCCGGCGACAAGGCCGACAACUGGUGGAUGCGCUUCCACGAGCGCGUCCUGCACAUCAAGUGGAAAAGGGGCACCAAGCGCCCCGACAAGAGCAACGCCAUCGACCUGCUGGUCAGCGGCGAGCUGCCGCAGUCGGGCCCCGAGCGCGAGGCCUUCGAGGCCGUCUUUGAAAAAGUCCCGCCUGCCUUUACCGACGAGGAGAGGGCGGCGUGGAUGAGGCAGCUCGACAACGUCUGCGUCUCCAGCGACGCUUUUUUCCCCUUUAUCGACAACGUCUUCCGCGCCUCCCGCUCAGGCGUCAAGUACAUCGCCGCCCCCAGCGGCAGCCAGAACGACAACGCUGUCUUGGAGACGGCCGAAAAGCUCGGCAUCACCUUUGUUCAACAAAACACUCGGCUCUUCCAUCACUAA